AUGACCCAUUUUAAAGAAAAAGCCCUGUCCUCCUCCCCGAUCCAACCUGUGUGCUGGUAUAGGAAGGUGGAUGACACCCUUGUCGUCCUCAGAAAGGACAAAUAUCCCACCUCACUACUCCAGCACCUCAACACCCAACAUUCCAGGAUCAAGUUCACCAUGGAGACAGUGAACGACAACAAACUCCCCUUCUUAGAUGUCCUUGUUUCCAGAGACCCCUGCAACAAGAUCCAAACCACGGUCUACAGAAAACCCAUCAAUUCCGACCAGUACAUUCAUUUCAACUCUACCCACCCCCCUAAAACCAAGUCUGGUGUCAUCUCAACCCUCACAAGGCGCGCCAAGAAGAUUUGCUCCAGGAGCGAUGACCUAGAGCAUGAACUUAACCACCUACAACGUGUCUUCACCAACCUCAACCAGUAUCCCACCAAGCUAGUCAAGAGGACCAUCGCCAUCACGCUCCAGGACAAACCCAAACUGACGAAGCAUUAA